AUGUGGGCAUGCAAGAAGCUAAAGUUUGAUUUAGCCAGUGCGGGGAAAGUCCAGAAGCUGCAAUUGAAUCAGUUGGUCGAAUGGCGAAGGGAUGCCUAUGAAAAUGCUAAGAUAUACAAGGAAAAAACAAAGAAAUGGCAUGAUAACCGCAUAAACGACCGCACAUUCACCGAAGGUCAGCAGACGGGAGCAGCAUUUAGAUGGGAGCAGCACAUUCAAAGUCAAUGGUCAGCAGAUCAAGCAGGAUUAAACUGCUUGCAGGGAAAGCAGUUGUGUGGGGAAAAAAGAACUGAACCAACCAAGGUUUGUUGGCGAAGAUUGGUUUGCUCAACGAACGCUUCAUCGGCAUUAUUUCCCGGCUUCAAAGGUUCACGAUCUGAAGGCCGUCCCCACCCCCCGCCGCCCCCCUCAAACAAUGGAGCGCUUCAAAGGUUCAUCAAGUGCGUCACCGUUGGAGACGGAGCUGUUGGCAAAACUUGUCUCCUUAUCUCCUACACCAGCAACACCUUCCCCACUGAUUAUGUGCCUACAGUUUUCGACAAUUUCAGUGCAAAUGUGGUUGUGAAUGGGAGCACUGUUAACCUAGGGUUGUGGGAUACAGCUGGACAGGAGGAUUAUAACCGACUAAGGCCUUUGAGUUAUCGUGGGGCAGAUGUUUUUAUAUUGGCAUUCUCUCUCAUUAGCAAGGCCAGCUAUGAAAAUGUUUCUAAAAAGUGGAUUCCAGAGUUGAAGCAUUAUGCACCAGGAGUACCUAUUGUUUUGGUUGGAACUAAGCUUGAUCUUCGAUAUGAUAAGCAGUUCUUCAUUGACCAUCCUGGCGCAGUUCCUAUUUCAACAGCUCAGGGAGAGGAGCUUAGAAAGCUGAUAGGGGCUCCUGCAUACAUCGAGUGCAGUUCAAAAACUCAGCAGAAUGUGAAGGGAGUUUUUGAUGCAGCUAUUAGGGUUGUACUUCAACCUCCAAAGCAGAAGAAAAAGAAGAGCAAAGCUCAGAAAGCAUGCUCGAUAUUAUGAGCAAAAUUCUAGUUGUGAAAACAUGACAUCACCCUUUGUCUGCCUGUAUUCUCUCAUCCUUUUUUUUUCUUUCUUUCUUUUUGAUUCUGUAGUGGCCUAAAAGUCUGAUUUAUUUUUCUGUCCCGCAUUACUCGCAAUCUCUGUGAAGCAUCAACGGGUAGUUUGUUACUGCUAUCCAGGAAACGACGUGGUAUCGAAUUAAAAAGACAACAUGUUCCUGACCUUUAUUAGCCUUUGGUUUUAAUUAUGUACUAAUAGAGAUCUGGAUACUGGAACGUGACACCGGUUAGGAAGAAGCAAUCUGUUUGGAAAAAAGGGCAAUUGGAGUUUGUAUGAUGUGCUUGAAAAGUGUAUGUAUGGAGGGAAGAAGGGGAAGGAUUUGUAAUGCAAGUGUGUGCUUCAGAGAGAAACAUUGGUGGAUUCUUUUAUUUAUAAAUUUGCAUUCUGACUUGACAUUAGUGGUUUUUUUUUUGUAGCAUAGAGCCAUAAAUAGGUUCUUUGGAGUUGUUUUCUACUUCAAAUGAAGCUCCCAAGCUUGAGUUGCUUGAGUUUUUU